AUGCAAACUGACCAUCUGUGUCUAUUCUAUGAGAAGCUAGUCUUCUACUUUCUUCUUCCUGGAACUCCUACUCAUGUGAAUGGACAACCCAGUUCGCGGAUGCCGAGAGCUCUGCAGUUAGGAACCAUAGAGUGAAGUCCACCUUGGUGGCAUCUAGCUGAGUGGUGUGUUCUCGUCCUCUGCAGCCAGCUACAAUCAAUCAGAUGAUGAUGACGAGAAUGACGAUCUAAGUUUCGAUACGACUACAAUUUCAAUUCAGUUCGUUUGAAAAGUUCCAAUCUUACAAUAAAUAUCUCUCAGGUCAUGGCAUUUUGAUGUCUUUGUGUAUGUCUCAGAUCAUGGUGUUUUUAUAUUUUUGUAUGAAUUUCUCUCAAAAAAAAAAGGUGUUUUGAUCUCAGAGACUCGUUGUGUAAAUGCCUCGCUUCAUCAGCGGAUCAAUUCCUAUCCUAUCCUAUCUUGCUUCAGACAUGUCCACUUUGCGUGGAGUCACGGAAGUAUGAGUAUCUUCUUGAGUGAUCGCCACAGUCAGUGUCUGGUACGAAUCUUCGUAGAACGGGACGCGUGACCUGUAUUGCUGACGGGCUUUUCGUUCCCUCCGAGAAAAGUACUCCGUUCCAUCUAGUUUCCUAAAGGAGUAAGGGGAGCUGCGCUAAGAUGCUCUACAAGUGAAGGACUUUUUCUGUAGCUUUAAGUUUGCCUGAU